UGUUUCUUUUCAGCUUUUCCACUAUUCCCUGACAGAUGCAGCACGGUCAAACAACUUUUGUAGACGCAAACCUGUUUACACAUAUAAGGAGCAAGCAUGUUGAAAAUUCACCGUAAUGCAAUAUCAAAGUCUGUAUAGGCUUUAUAUAACGGAUAGAUAAUAGCAUUGGGCAUGUUCUGCUGCCUUAAAGCACCAUGUGUAUGGACUAUAGGCUACAUCAGGUGCUUGGAGCAUCUUAAACAUCCAGAUACAAGAUCAGCAUCCAUGCUGCCUGAGGAAGAGAACUGAUCUCCGUGUGUUCAACACUUUCUACACUUUGGUACUGUGAAGCUGUUUUGUGGUUUCAAUCUGGAAGCUUGUUUCACCACUGCAUUUUACAUGGGUUGACUCCAGUUCAUGGAGUAUGGAGGGACUAACCAUGUAAACCAGUCAAAGGGAAUACACACACAUUUUGUCUAAAUUAAUUUUAUUAUUCUUUUAAAUUAGUCUAUAUGGCUUUGUUUUUAUUUAAGUCUUUUUUCCCCCACUGGUUCACAAAGCCUUACAGUGAAAUAUGCAAGUUAGCGGCUUUAGAUUAUCCUCUCCAUAUAUAAUUAGAUAAGCUGUUCUGAUUGUUAAAACACAAUAAACAGAAAUCAGAUGAACUAUGGGCUUUCUUUAGUAUCUGAUCAGGAAGAAGUAAUGUGCUGCCUUCAGGCCGCGUUCGGAAAAUUGAGUGUAUAAUAAUAUCGUUUGAAUGAAAUGGUUAUUAUGCAUGUAGUUGUUUUUUCUCAGGUAUAAUUACGAAACGGACGCUUUACUGAUUGUCUAGAUAUCUGAGAGAUGCGGCAGAACUUUAAAGCAUUUGUGCUCUGGUAAAUAAUUUAUACUUGAAGUAAGAAUAACACAAAACAAAGUUUGGAGGCCGAAGAUCGUGGGGUCAUGGAGUUUUUGUAUUUUGUAUGAUCUUUCCAUGUGCGAUUAUGUGUCAAUUACGAUUUUCCCCGUCCGUACCUGAACGCAGCAGCUGCAGAGCCGCCUCUCUCCGUGAUUGAUCUGCGCUUUGCAGCUUUCAGUAACUUUGUGUUAUUGCUCGCAACACGAUGUCUUCUGAAGAAAUGUAUCUGCUGCAUCGCGGACUUAUGCUUCCCAAAGUGACUCACUCCGUAGAGAGCUUGAAGUUCGCGCAGGAGUUCACGUUUAAAGACGAGGACGUGACGGCUGUCGUGUACCCGAAAUCAGGUACAAUCUGGAUGCAGGAGAUCCUCCCGCUGGUUCUGAAUGGGGGGGACCUGACGCCGAUCCAAACCAUUCCGAACUGGGACAGGGUGCCCUGGCUGGAGGAGAAAAGAUUAGCAUUGGUUGUGGAUAAGUUGGAGUCUCCGCGGGGGCUGGUUACACAUUUUCCUUACCACCUCAUGCCCCCCUCCUUCCACUCCUCCAAAGCCAAGGCGAUCUAUGUCAUGAGGAACCCUAAGGACAUCUUGGUGUCUUCAUACCACUUCCAUAAGAUGGCCGAAUUCCUCGAGUCUCCAGGAACAUUUGAUGAAUUCAUGGAGAAAUUCCUUAAGGGCAAAGUGCUGUUUGGAAAAUGGACGGACCACGUGAAGAGCUGGAGGGCCGCAGAUCUGGGAGACAGAAUAAUGUACAUCACAUAUGAAGAAAUGGUUCAGGACCUCCCUGCAGCUCUCAGGCGUAUUUCAGACUUCCUGGGCCGUAAUCUGAGUGAAGAAGCCAUUCAGAAGAUAGCAGAACAUUGCUCCUUCAAGACCAUGAAGAACAACAACAUGUCCAACUUCAGCCUGGUCCCUAAGAAAUACAUGAACUCCGACACAUCUCCAUUCCUGAGAAAAGGUGUUGCGGGAGACUGGAAAAACCAUUUCAGCCCAGAGCAACUGGCCAGAUUCACAUCGGUCAUUCGCAAAGAGCUGGAGGGCGAGAGCUUCUCUCUGCCGUGGAGCCUGGAUUGAUUAUCAGCCAUAACAGAGACAGAGAGGGAAAGAGCUGUAGAAAUAUUAAUCAAGGCAAGUAGGAAACUGGCGCUAACUGCAACAAAAAAGGGCCCAGCCCUUUGUUCUAUUUUUGUUUUUAGAGGUUUGUUUUUUCUUAAAGAUCUGGGGGAUAUCUGAUUAACAGUGGCUCAAGCCUGAUCCCUCUAAAAGCCCAUUUAAUAUGUGGUGAAAUUGUAUGAUACUGCUAUAGUGUGCCUUCCUGAUCGUAUGUGUUUUUUCUAUAUGAACUGUGCUCCACCCCUUUUUCUGUGUUAUGCCAGUGUAGCUUCCAUCUGUAUGACUCGCAGUACACCAAUUUAAGAUGGUACAUACAAAUGCAUGUCAGCAGAGGAACGCACGCAGAGACCGUCUGACACACCUGCUUUAUUAGUCAACCAUUUCAAAUCAGGCAGUAAAAAAUAUAAAACAAAUACCCACAAUUGUACACAACAUGUUAGAAAUUUGUCACGGUAACAUGAUAUGUCGGAGCAAAGUGCUGUACCAUUAGUAUUUAUCCCAUUUGAAAUCCAUGCAGCCUCUCCCACUCAACCAUUUACCAGUUAAGUCCCCGAGGGUUCAGGGUUUAAGGCCUUAGGGGGACAUUAUGAUUGGGCCAAAGGCUGCCGUUCCCAGGGGGUGGAGCUUCUACCACCAGGGAGUGCACAAGUCUGUUGCAUACAAUGAUUGGAAUGGGACUGGUUGUUUUUCCUGCCUGUCCAGUUGAAUCCUGAAUGCUCUAAUGUAGGUCUGUUAGAUCGAAAGCUCAAAUGCAUUUUACACAUAGAUCUGAAUAUGCGGACAUGUCCUUUAUCAGUUUGGACUUUGUGAUACUACAAGCACAAACUUUUAUUUUCUUGUAUAUUUU